GGGAUGAGCAGUGCGCCGCCGGCUGCCGUAGCGAGCGGACCUGUUGUCUUUUUUAUCAGUGAUUGCUGUCGAUGUGCUAAGCUAGGCGAUGUGGAACGGAGGGGAGCCGCAGCGGGUCCUGCUCUGGCUGGUCUGUUCGGCCUCUAUCGCCGCCAUCCUCUUCUUGGCCUGGAGGCAGCAGCAGCUCGAGUCCAGGAUAGCCGCUCUGGAAGUCAAGGUGUCGUCCGAAGGAGAGAGUCUUCAGCGCUUCAGGAGGGAUGUCCAGCCUGUGUCCCAGCAGCCUUCGGAGUGCGUCUGUCCACCAGGUGA